CCACGCCUCUCCGGGCUUCCCCUUUCUAUUGCUUUCCUUGAUCUGUCCACUUCCAUAGAAAAAAGGAAGGAAAUAAAAUGACCAUGGCACCAAGGAGAGUGAAUCGUCGUCUUGUAAUAGUACACCCUAAACUUCUGAUCGCCGAAUCACAAGAGUUCAGAGCCUGUGCCACGUUUGGAGAAACACCAACAAAAUGAGAAGAGGAGGAGGAAGAGCAGCUGUAGAUCCGCUAAACGGCGCGCGCUGUAACACAGGACUGAGGGGCUGAAUGAAAAAAAAAACCGAGUGGGAACCCAGGGCUGCCGUUGGGGCUCGCAUACAUCACCGAUGGGUGUUCGGAUGCAGUUUCCACUGUUUCUGUAGCUGAUAACAGAUAAACAUAGACUGUGGUGCUGUUAAAUUCCGCCUAAGCCUGCGCUCAUUUUGCAGCGUGCAGUGAGAAUUUUUGCAAGGAUUUUGCAUUGUACACGCAGUGCCUGCCUGCUAUUGACUUGCAGACUGUAGGCUCGUAUUCCCCUGUGUGGCAACGCAUCAGAGGCAGCGGUGUGAGUGCCUUCCAGUCAAACGCCUCAGCAAGCAUUGCACAUCUAGAAAAAAAGGCGUAAAUGUCGUAUAUAAUGCUGAAAACUGAUAUCGCCGAUUGCUCCUCUGUAGUGCUUUUAAACCGUAUUAUUUCUUUCCUCGAAUCCCUAUGAUGAAUACUUCGCAAUCCUUAUUUUUUGAAGACAAAAAUAUUUUAGAUCAGUGUUUUAUAAUAAGUUGCAUAUGUUCGUAGGCUGGACUGUAUACCAAGAAUCUACAAUAUGCCGUUAUAAGGGACAAUAAAUGCUUUUUAAACCUUUGUUAUUGUUUUGCAGUUUGUACUGCCUGAAAGGUGGAUCAGUUCUGACUCCCUGCAGGACUCCAUCUAUCGAUCAUUUUUGCAUGAAAUGGCAUGUGCCGCCACUAGCAGCAGCAUUCUGAAUACCGGUCCGUGCCUGUCUUCUGCAUCACAGCCUGCUGCUAAGGUACCAGUCAUGGUGGAGAAGAAGGACUGGGAUCUGUCAUCACCCAGUGUCUGCGAAAGCAGCAAGAAGCAGCUUGGGGUGAAGAGACACCAUCACAAGCAUAACCUGAAGCAUAGAUAUGAGUUGCAAGAGACUUUGGGCAAAGGCACCUAUGGCAAAGUGAAGAGGGCUGUGGAAAGGUUUUCUGGAAGAGUGGUUGCAAUAAAGUCAAUUCGUAAGGACAAAAUCAAAGAUGAUCAAGAUAUGAUCCACAUUAGGCGGGAAAUUGAAAUCAUGUCAUCUCUCAACCAUCCCCAUAUCAUCACUAUUUAUGAAGUGUUUGAAAGCAAGGACAAAAUUGUUAUUGUCAUGGAAUAUGCUAGCAAGGGCGAAUUGUAUGACUAUAUCAAUGAGAGACGGCGUCUGACUGAGAGGGAAACCAGAUACUUCUUUCGGCAGAUCGUAUCUGCUGUUCACUAUUGUCACAAGAAUGGAAUUGUCCACAGGGACCUGAAACUGGAAAACAUCCUGGUGGAUGAAAAUGGGAACAUUAAGAUUGCAGAUUUCGGCCUGUCCAAUUUGUACCACAAAGACAAGUUUUUGCAGACUUUUUGUGGGAGUCCCCUUUAUGCUUCUCCAGAAAUUGUGAAUGGACGGCCUUAUCGAGGACCAGAGGUUGACAGUUGGGCACUUGGCGUACUUCUGUACACGCUUGUUUAUGGAACAAUGCCUUUUGAUGGAUUUGACCACAAAAAUCUUGUAAGACAGAUCAGUAGUGGAGAAUACCGUGAACCAACACAACCCUCAGAUGCUCGGGGCCUCAUAAGAUGGAUGUUGAUGGUUAAUCCAGAGCGCCGUGCAACUGUUGAAGACAUAGCUAAUCACUGGUGGGUAAACUGGGGCUACAAGAACAGCGUAUGUGACUGUGAUGUAGUUAAAGACUCAGAGUCUCCUUUACUGGCCCGUUUCAUUGCUUGGCAACACCGAUCUGCAGGCCUUCAGCCAGAAAGUGAAAGGGUUAAGUGCCUUGCAAAGCCUAGCUGUGUUAAAGUAUCUUUAGAACACCAGAGAUCUUUGAAGAAGUCUAAGAAGGAAAAUGACAUUGCACAAUCCCUUCAGGAUGGUGGGCAUUCUGAGGGUUCUCCAAAAUCAAUAUCUAAAAGUCCCAAAGGUAUUCUUAAAAAGAGAAUUAGCAACGAACUUCGAUCACACAGUGCUGGCUUUAUAGAAGGUGUUGUUGUCCAGUCCUCUGGCUUUAACACUGAGCAGACCCUUUCUAGAACUGAUGUCUCAAACAGUGACAGUAUAGACAGUGAACCUUCAUGUAAACUAGGGAUGUUGCAUUCAAACACAAUGCCUAAAAAAGGAAUCUUGAAGAAGACUUCUCAGCGUGAAUCUGGGUACUAUUCAUCACCAGAACGGAGUGAGUCAUCUGAUUUGCUAGACAGCAAAAAUUCUGUAGGACGUAUCAUUGCAUGUAAUCCUAAAUGUGUUUCUGAAUCAUCAAGAAAGGGGUCUUAUGGAAUGUCGUAUAGGAGGAAAGGAAUUCUAAAGCACAACAGUAAAUAUUCAACUAGCAAGACUGAGCCUGAUUUGGUUAGUCCUACAGCAAAAGAUUUGGACACUGUGACCCACACAGUUGUUUCUAAAGAAGGAAGGCCUAAAGGUUAUAGUAACCCUUCCAGUGUGACAACUGAUGAUAGCAGUCUUUCUAAUGAAUCUUUUGAUUUGCUUGAUGUGCCAGAGAAAAAGCGCAGUCCGCAGAAGAUACGGAGUUGUGUGUCGGCUCAAAAUCUACUUAGGCCAAAAGAGUUUGAUGAAAUGCAGACUCUGAAAUGUUACCAAAAUCGGUUGGUGGAUAGCAGUUUCUCUCUUCUUGCAGAUAUGGACGAUGUUACUCAAGUCUACAAGAAAGCUUUAGACAUAUGCAGCCAACUGAAUGAAUGUUAGAGGCAUUAAAACAUCUCUUUUAAAAUACUUCUGUAAAGGAGUUUUCCAAUGUGUACAACAGAUUGCUGAUAGGAAUAUUAGAAAACAAAUGCUUUUAGAUAACUUGUAAAUCUGAUUUGUAUUCAAAGGUGCUUAAGUGACUUAUGUUACGAAUAUGUCAGUAUAAUGUACAUUCUGACAUUUAGGUAACAUUUAAUGUUUUUAUUUGCACACUGUCUGCAUUACUUUUGUAAUUGAUGGUAUCAGGUGUUCUUUUCAAACAAUUUAUAGAAAAAUGUUUUGUAAUCUGCAUAAAAAUGGUAUAGAUUAGCAUGAAAGACAUGUUAAUCUCAGGGUUGUUUUACCAUGGCCUUCGCUUUCUGUUGCCUGAUUGCAGGGUACAUGGUUGUAUUGCUCUCUUAGUAAUGUGCUGAAUCUUUAAUAUUGUUAAAGACAACUACCUAUAGCAUAUGAUGUUCUGACUGAGAAGGUUCCAGAAUGUGGAAGAUGAGUUGUGGUGUGAAGGUUAGUUAAUAUUGUUUGUGAAUGUUUAAUGAAAAGACUGAAAAAAAGCAAGGGAAAGAAAUAAAAGAGGAUGAUGGGGAGGGAUCAUGAGAAAAGAAAGAAGAAUGAAGGAAAAUAAUGAAUGGGGUACGGCUGGAUGCAUGACAAGGCAGGGGAUGUAACUGCAAAUGGUAGAACUUUACAGAGCAUUGCUUAGAAUGUAUCUGUACAUGGUACUGUACAAGUAGUUAUUUUUCUUUUAUGAAGAAAGUUAUGUAAAAGUAUAGACAUUUUUAGAAGUUUAGUUAUGGAUUUUGAUAAAGAUAUUGCCUUAGCCUACUGGAUUUCAUGAAUAUAUAUAUCUGCUGAAAAUGCAGUUUAUACUUGUACAGAAAAUGUGAAGAGACUGAUGCCAAACUGGAAGUAUCCAUGUAGGGAGUUACUGGCAUGUUAUCUAUCAUUCCUAGGAAAACUUGACUGCACAUUGUUAUUAUUAGUAUUGUAUUUAAUUUAAUGUUUUUUUUUAUUAUUUUGACUGCAGAAGGUAAUUUUUUAUGUGAAUAUGCCUUUUUUAUUUAUUGGUCGUAAAGCCAUUUCAUAAUUGUAAUAUAUUUUGUAUAAUUUAACUUGUGCCAAUUAUUGAACGUCCCGCUUCAUUCUUUUUUGAGGAUUUGUUCAUUUUUAUCUAAGACAAGUGGAAAAAAGCUGGAGAGCCACCCAAACUCUUUAUACACUUAUCUGAUUCAAACUUUUAAGAGAAUGAAAUUGUUAAAGAACACAUUUUAAGUGGCAGGUUAACUUUCUCAAAAUUCUAACUGUCUUUUGAAUACAGUAAGAUAUUGUUAAGAAUGCAUUUUUAAAUGGCAGAUUAACUUUCUCAAAAUGCUGUUAACUGUGUUUGAAAUACAAGUAAAUACUUUACCCAUU